GAGCGUCGCACAGUCGCGACGGCAGCCACCGGCGCGCGGUACCCCUUUUUCUUUAAACCACACUCUCAAUUCCGCACGGUUCAGCGCACGUUUCCUGCGUCGACGACGACGACGACGAGGAUAAAGACCAAGGACGUGGACGAACACGACGCUGGUCAGCUCCGAUUGCGAAAGAGGGCGCCUUUCGUCGUUACCACCACCACCACCACCACCAACAACCACUACCACCACCACUACUACUACACUACUACUACUGAUACUGUUACUACUAUUACUGCUGAUACUACUACUGCUACUAUUACUACUACUACUGCUACUACUACUACCACUGCUACUGCUACUAUUACACUACCACUAUCAUCAUCCACAACCCUCCUUUCAAAAAUAUCACGCAGCACCUACGAGGAUAACACGUGGAUACGCAUCGCUCUUCCCUUUGGUCCGACAGAUAGACAGAUAUCGUCGUAACCUACCGUUGUCUCGCCGCAUUGUCGCGCUCGCGUCCCGGCCAGAGAAAUUAAAAACCGCGACACCGAGAGAAAUCGAGACAUCGUCCUCCUCUCCCCAAGGAGAGAGACACGUGGCGCGGCGCACGCGGAGGUGACCACCGACGAGAAAGAGAAAGAGAGAGACAGAGAGAAGCCGUGAACCGCGAAGGCCGAAAGGGAGGAAUAGAUAAAUAGAUAAAUAGACCUCUGAAGGAAGGACAGAGAGCGAGGGAGAGAGAGAAAGAGAGCGGGAAGGAGAGGAACGAGCAGGUGAAAGAGAGAAAGGGGGGAGGAAGUGGACCCCGUGAGGAGGAAGAGAGGGAGGCGGAGAAAGGUAGAGAGGUGGCAGAAGGACAGAGGAGCGAGAGGGGGUGGGCGGGAGAAGACGGACAGGGAGGAAAAGUACGAAUUACCAGGACGAAGAUUGUGGAAGAUAGAGGAGAAACGGGAAACGGGUCUUGUGUCUCCGUUUCGUUUCUUCGAAAAAUACUUUUACGAAGAGAAGGACGGAGGAACAAGCGAGAACAGCCACGAGCGAGACGACGAGGAGGAAGCGGGACAUGCUGGAACCACGCUGGAGACCCGUCCAGGGACACAUCGGUGAGAAUCCGUUCGAUAACGGUUCGUGGGGAAAGGAACAGUUCCAACCAUCGACGGUUCCUUGGCAGCUGAAUCCGCGCGGCCACGCUCGUCCCAGUGACGAUGGCAUAAUGGAUCAUGACACAGACGGAGACGGCGCGAUCAACUUGUCAACGUCACAGCGACCCUCCGCCGCCACCACCCCUAACGGUGACACCCCCUCAUACGGGCAAGAUCAACAAGACAACGACCAGGCUACUUCGCUGUUUGCAGCCCUGAAGCAGCAGCAACAGCAACCACGCGACAGUAUUCCCUCGUCGAGGGAACGCGAGAACCGAGAACGAGAUCGGCUGUCGGUACGUAGCCGCGAGAACAACCGGAACGAGAUAGGUGGCGGCGUGACCGAACAAUCACAGCAACCACAACAGCCACAGCAACAGCAGCAGCAACAGGAACUCACGAUCGAGUAUCAGAGCAAUGGAAAGCUCAGUCCCGCUGGACACACAGUGACAGCAGCACCCAUGACCCAGCAAAAGCAACCUAUCAUUACGCAGCAAUCGCAACAGCCGAGUUCGGGGGCGCCUGGUCCCCAACCGAGUCCUCAUCAAAGUCCACAGGCCCCUCAGAGGGGUUCGCCGCCGAAUCCUUCGCAAGGUCCUCCACCAGGAGGACCGCCAGGGGCACCACCCUCGCAAAACCCCCCGCAAAUGAUGCUCAGCCCGGCUAGCGGCAUCCAUCAGAUGCAACAGCUGCUCCAACAACACAUACUCAGCCCUACUCAACUGCAAUCAUUCAUGCAGCAACACUCACUCUAUUUGCAGCAACAACAACAGCAACAUCAUCAGGACUCUUCGUCGGAGCAUGCGUCCAAUCAGGAACGAUUCGGCUACUUUUCGUCUCUAAAGGACCAUCAACACCAGUUUGCGGAGCUAGGUAGGAAGAAGUUGGAGCAGGCGAUACAGCAACUGCAGGAACAAUUGCAGCUUAAUGUCAUUCAACAGACGCAUUUGCUACAAACGGCUGACAAAAAGAAGGCGUCUGCGCCGCUUCAACAACUGGCGCUUCAACAGCAACGCCUCAUACAGCAAUUACAGAUUACGCAGAGCCAAUACCUUCUUCAACAGGGUCUGGGUCUUCAGGGUCACAAUCCUUCUUCAGGUCUUCAACCUGGCGAAGGUCUACCAAUGUGGAAAUCGGACACAUCGGAUGGUCCGGAAACCCACCAGAACUCGAACGUUCCAAAAUCCGUGGCUGGACUCAAUGGACUUCUCAAUUCGACAGUGUCGAGUCGGCGGUCGGAGAUGAACGGAACCACUCCUCUGGACGAGAAACCGCUGGAUGUUUCCUCCAACGACAAGGUUCAUCCCCUGUACGGCCAUGGGGUCUGCAAGUGGCCAGGCUGUGAAGUUAUUUGUGAAGACUAUCAAGCAUUCCUUAAGCACUUGAACACGGAGCACACGCUGGACGACAGAUCGACGGCGCAGGCCAGGGUUCAGAUGCAAGUUGUCUCGCAGCUAGAAAUUCAGUUGCAGAAGGAACGGGACCGGCUAACCGCCAUGAUGCAUCAUCUGCACGUGGCGAAACAAAUGGCUUCCCCCGAACCACCAAAGUCCUCCGAGUCAUCGACGGGUUCGAGUAUACCAAAGUUAAAUCUCUCAACCGCCCUAAUGAGCCAACCACCGCCAAACUUCGGCGUCUCUCAAGUGUCUCCAGUCUCGAUGUCCGCAUUGGUGUCGGCGGUCAGGUCGCCAGCAGGUGGACAGCUGCCACCUUCAGCAGGUGGUGCGCCUAUGCCACCUAUUCCCAACAUGUCAAAUAUGUCUGGGAUGCCACCUUUGCCGAACAUGCCAGGUAGCAUGCCUACGAUGCCAACGAUGCCGAGCAUGGCAGGGCCCAUCAGACGACGUAUCAGUGAUAAAUCCGCUCUUUCCUUGGCAGGAGGACUGUAUGACGAGGGCACUGUAAGGCGCAGAGUAGCCGUCGAUAGAUCUGGAAUAGAUAUUAACGAAGAAAUUCAACGAAAUAGGGAAUUUUACAAGAACGCCGAUGUCAGACCGCCGUUCACGUAUGCAUCAUUAAUCAGACAGUCGAUCAUCGAGUCGCCGGAGAAACAAUUGACGCUGAACGAGAUCUACAACUGGUUUCAAAACACAUUCUGCUACUUCCGGCGCAACGCAGCAACGUGGAAGAACGCGAUCCGCACCAAUCUAUCAUUGCACAAGUGUUUUGUGCGCUAUGAGGACGACUUCGGGUCAUUCUGGAUGGUGGACGACGCCGAGUUCGUAAAGCGGCGGCAUCUGUCCCGCGGCCGCCCCAGGAAAUAUGACCCAACCCCAUCACCCACUCCACCCCACCUCUCCGCACAGGGUGUCCCGUCAAAAAGUCCAACCCUGACGCACAGCCCGACAAUGUACGGUGACGCAUUAAAUGCCAAUCUCCAGUAUUUCCAGGCGGCACUCGGGGACUCUAAUAUGGGAUUUCUAAACAACUCGAUGUGCACGUCGACGACAACGAGUCCCGAUAAGGAGCACGUGUUAGCCCAUAACGAUCUAAUGUCACCGUUGGAUGAACCAGCCGUGCACAUAAAGCAGGAGGGCCAGAGCCCGGAGGGGGGCAAGCUCACGAGAUUAAUAAAACGAGAGCUGGUUGACGCGCCGACGGAGCAAGAGGGUGAAGAGGAUCAGGUGGACGAGAGGGAGUAUCCCGAGAGUCACGGGCACGAUUCAGGACAGGACGAAGACAUGGCCGAGGACCUGUCGAUGGCGCCCGACAUAAUGACCCCGGAAGAUCAGAUCGAGGCGUAGUAUCGUUCCUCGAGGAACGAAUAGGUUCGAGCUGUCGCGUCGAAGUACGAUCGUGAUGGAAGAACGAGAAGAAGUAGCUUCUGUUCCUCGUCGAUCGAUGGCCAAGACCAGGGAAGCCAGAGGCGCGAAUAAUAAUAAUAAUAUUAAUAAUAAUAAUAAUAAUAUGUAAGAUGAACGAAGAGGGAAAAAGGAAGGUGUACGAAGAAGUGAAGAAGAAGAAAAAAUUGACGAAGAUGAAGAAGAAGAAGAAGAGAAAGACUUCGAAGAAGACGAUGAAGGCCCCUAGGACCACCCAGCCCUCCACUCCUCCUUCGUAAGAGAAUCCCCAUUUAUCAUAUCCAAGGCCGUGAUACGUUUUAUCGAGCGGCCCUUUAAAGGUAAAGGCAAAAGAGGAAGAAAGAAUAAAAAAAUUAAAAAAUAUGAAACGUACUACUACUGUGUGCGUGAUCGAUCGCGACGAAACGUCGAAACGAGAAUCGGCGAAUAUCGUGAUAUAGGCGGCGCGAUCAUUCGAUCCAUAUCCUUACUCAAGCAAUUGCGAACAACGAUUGUAUUUUCUGUUCUUCAAUUCCGUUUCAUUUCGGAACCGCGUAUAUAUCUCUAUAUACAUAUAUAUAUAUAUAUAUAAAAUAUAUAUACAUAUACAUAUAACACUCUCUCUCUCUCUUUCUCUCUCUCUCUCUCUCUCUCUCUCUUUCUCUCUCUCUCUUUCUCCUUCGUGUACAUUGCAUUAGCCUGUAAACCGAAUAAGGGCGAAAAGAAACGAAUUGCAUCCGCGAUCUCGCUCGUAGCGUCUCGGCGGAUAAUGUUAAUCGAUAAUUCUGUAACGAACACACGAGAAAAAGAAAAGAGGGAAGACAGUGCUAUCUAUAGUCCCCGAGUAGUCCUCGCCCGUUUCCUACUUUCGUUAUCGCGCCGGUGCCUACGUGUACGACUGCGUUUCUGCGUGUACUAAUCGCGUCUAUCUAUUUUUUGGACCAAUUCGAAGAUAUAGUAGAUCCAUCCUGAUCGAAUAAAAAUUAAUUUUAAAAUUAAAAAGACAGAUCACGUAAAGAUCUACUCUUUAUGGGAGAAAUCACGUUUGACUUAGUCGAAAUUUCUUACACGAACUGUUAGAAAAAAAAAAAAGAAGAAAAAAGAAGAAAAAAAGACGCGUUGAAUGGAACACGCAGAACGUCUCAAAGAUAAUAAUAAGAAUGGCGAACAGAUAGAGAAGGCUGGAAUUAAGUUUAAGGAAUAAAUAACGAAGCUGUGGUGAUAGCAGUGUUCUGGGUACGCGCGGGAGUGACUGACACUUUAGUCUUAAAUAUAUCGUUCGUGGUAAAUUAGGAAUUUCGCGAGUAUCAAAAGUCCUCCGACGUGAUUCUAAAGGAAAAGGUACUUUCCCUUAUAUCAGACAACCUAAGCUUAAGAAAAAUGUGUGCCGAGUAUGAAACACGGCCGCGAUCCCGGCGUACUCGUUCGCUGCUCUGUUGCUAAUCACUGUAUAGUUUAGGGGAAAUUAAAUGUAAGUAGUGUCGUAAACAAUCGACGAUCAUAGACGUCGAGAUAGAACGUACACGCUCGUGCUAACGAUUUUCAUCAUUUUACCCAUUAGAUAUUUCAUCGUUCGGACCUUUCAAGGGAUAAAUAACGAGUGACUGAAAAUAAAAUAAAUUAAAUAAAAAAAUCGAUCGAGCGAUGAAGAAAGUUUAGUAAACGAGAUCGAGGACGAUCGAGGGGGCAAACGAAAAAUGAUGGGAUAAUAAUAAUAAAAAAAAAGCAAAAAAAAUGAAGAAAGCGGAUGCCGUGUGUGGACGCACUUAUAAAUAAAUUAAAUUACCAUGUAUGCAUAUACAUAUACAUAUAUUAAUACGUAUACGUAUCUCGGAAAUUAUAAGGAAAUUAGAUGUCGAUGGCCCUGUUCUCCGUUUUCUAUCCAACAGAUCCUUGAGACAAACCCUCAUUGAACCUUAACCUUUCCUUAAACCCGCGUAAUCAUGCUCGGUUCCGAAUUUUUAGGAAAUGGGACUGCGUCCAAUUUUCCUGGACGGUAACUGUCGCGUCCAAAAAUCGAAAUAACGAGGAAAAUAAAUGUUUGGGGGGCCGUUACUCGUCGAUCUUCGAGCCCCUGGAUACAUACACGUUCACACUCACAAACACACACGCGCAUAUACAUAUACAUAAACACGGAAGUUUAAACGAAAGCGUGCUCAGGUCGGUACGAAAAGAAAUUUUUGCCGAAGGCAACUCGUUUGCGAGUCGCCUGCUAUCGAAUCUAAUUUAUUAUUUCAAUGGUCGUUGACGCCACUAAAUGUAUGUAAAAAUCGUGCGUGCCGUUUUUAAUCGCGCUGCAGCGACCGGGAGACGAUCGUGUGUGUGAUAUUAUUCCGUUCGACCUGUAGCCAUAUAUACACAGAUGGUCUAUACGUUUGUUUGUAAUAUUUUUGUAAAUUAAUUCGUUCCCGGGAACGUGUAGAUAGGUUUAGAAGAAUCGGGGAUCCGUUACAUUGUCAGGGUAUUAAUUGCUCGACGUAAGAGACUCUUCCUGAGUCGCUGUGGCGAUUUGUGUUUAGCGUGUCAGUGACGAAGAAUCGCGAGAAAAAAAUAGGGAUGGGAGGGGGGGGGGGGGGGUUCGAUCGUUGUCAGCAUUUAUCGAGCGACAGUAAUCGUAAGAAUCCCAUCGAUCGAUAUUGUCUUUCUGAUAUCUUUACCGUUUUAUUUCCGUUAGAAAGAUAUUAAUCUCGAGACGUCCAUAUUAAAUCGACUCUAAUUAGUAAUAUUAGCACGGCGAGAAGCAUCGUGUGAAUUUUUUAUUAGCUCGGAAUAAAAUUCGUUCAAUUUAUUUCAAACUCAUCGAUCGUGUCGCUCGAUUAUCUGGAAAUUAAACGAGACACAGUAGUCGCGAUUAUAGUUUCUUUUUUCUUCUUUUCCUUUUUUUUUUUUUUCUUUUUCUUUGCAAUUUGUUGAUUCGUUCAUUCCUGCGUGUUAGAUACUCUGUCCAUUCCUCGUGUAACAUAGUUAGCUUUUAGGACAAAGUUAAGUUUCGCCCACGCGUAUUAUUUCAUAAUAAUUCCCCUGUACGAGACAUCCUUCGAUUUUCUAUUCUAAUCCGGAUCCAUCAUCUUUCGACAUCCGUAACUCUCGUUCGCGAGUGAUCAGACAUUCUGAUUAGAGAGAGAAAGGGAUCAAGCGUGGAACGAGCGUGUAUGCGAGUGUGUGUAGUUGUCGCGUGCGUCAUCGAACAUUGGAUGCCAAAGAAAACGAAGACGUUAGUGAAAAAUAAGAGAAAAUGUAAUAGGGAAACAGUGAAAAAGAAAAGACGUUUAUAAGAGAAAAGUGUUCAUGGAGAAAGUGAAAUGUAUCGCGUAUGACCGGUGCCGUUUUGGGCUCGCUUUCACGUAAUGCUACUAUUACUAAUCUAAGACUACAUGUAUUGUGUAUAAUGGAUUUAAGGACACGAUAUAACAUAGAAAGACUCUCCUGUAAAUAGUUGGAAGAAAAAUGGAACUUUGUCGAGGCAUUAGGGAUUUGCGAAUAUUGCGUCACUCUGCGAAUGAAUGAGUUUAUCGAUAGUGUGCUAUAUAAAAGUCUAUAUAUAUAAAUAUAAAUAUAAUUAUAAAUACACACACGAAGGAACACGACACACUAUACACACGUACAAUGCGUUGCGCGUAUCUCCCGGCUGCAUUUAAUUUUUAUUUUUAAAGUCACGAAUUUCCGAAGAAAAGAAAGAAAAGUGAAAAACAAAGAAAAAACGACGACCGUUGAUUCUCACGGGCUGGCAGCUCGAACAGAAGACACUUUCUCGUUUUAUCGUAUCACGAUUGGUCGUGUCGCGAAUAAAAGAUGAAUGGGCAAGCGAAAUAAAAGGAGAGAGAGAAAAAAAAAAGAAAAGAACAAAGAAAAUUUAUGAAAAGAUGGAGGACGUUUGAUCGAUCGAUUUCGUAUAGAUACGAAGUUAUUUAAAGUCGAUUCACGUAGCACGAAGAUCGUGAUUAUUUCAUUUCACGAAUGUUUCUUUUUUUAUGUAUAGUAGCCGCUGUUACCUUGCGAAUAAUUCUAUAUUGUACAUGUUUAAACGUUCCCUGUUAUGUUUGUUGUAUAUUUCGAAUAGGUCUGUAAAGUAAAAUGAAUUAACGAA